AUCCCAGUCUGGAUAGCUCCACUUCUCCAGCCAGGACUGCAGGUUGUCUGCUCCCGAUACCUUCAGCUGACACUUUCCUGUGGGAACCAGAGAAGAAGACAUCAGAGGACAAGGCAACAUGAGGUUCCUGGCAGUUCUCCUGGCGUUGGCACUGGCCAUUGCGGUUACCAUUGCUUACGACUCGGUCGAAAGCCAAGAGUCCAAUGAAAGAUACGACCCCUUUAUCAGCUCCAGAAACGCCAACUCAUUCGUGAGCUCCCAGUACAGCCGGAACAUGCGCCUGAAUGAGAGGAUCCGCGAGCGCAACAAGAGCCCCCAAGAACGCCAGCGUGAGGUCUGCGAGGAUUACAACCCCUGCGAGCAUUACGCUCUACGACAUGGGUACACCGCUGCCUACAAGCGAUUCUUUGGCCAGCGCAGCAGGAGGAUGUGACGGGGACCCAGGCAGAGUAAUGUCAUGAGCCGGCCCUGUGACACUAAUAAUCUCACCCAUCCAUGUAUGCGAGAGACUCGCAGCUCACCCAUUACCUUCCACUGUGCUUAGCUGGCCUCUGUACCUUCUGUGCGCAUCAAGGGGUCUAUUCAUGAAGCAGUGAAAAGUGUGGAGAAGUGACCCUGUGGAGAAGUUGCCCAUGGCAACCAAUCAGCAUUGAAGUUACAAUUAGAAUUUGCAUACUAUACAAUUGUACAGAGCAGCUGAUUGGUUGCCAUGGGCAACUGCUCCACAGGCUCACUUCUCCACUCUUUUCACUGCUUCAUGAAUAGACCCCUAAGCACCUUUCACAUGUUUUUGCGAUGCCAAAGACCCCCGGGGAAGGGGGCAGCGUGUUCUGGUACAGUCUGUGGCAAUAACAGGAUUAUAUUAAGCCCAGUCUGACGUAUGCGCUUGUUCUGUGUGUCAUAUCUGUGUCUCGCUUGUAUAAAAUGUCUCAUUUUCAGAAAUAAAAUGCUGCUUUUAUA